GGGCCCGCGGGCCGCAUGGAGCGCGGCGAGGGCAUCGCGGCCGCGCUGCGCCGGGAGGUGCGCGAGGAGUCGGGGCUGCUCUGCGAGCCCCUGACGCUGCUGGCGCUGGAGGAGCGCGGCCCCGCCUGGAUCCGCUUCGCCUUCCUGGCACGGGCCACGGGUGGGUGUCCUCUGGGGCUCCCCGGGGCGCGGGGGGCGCGGGGGGAGCGUCCCCAGGUGGCCCCGUGGUGGGGAUCCGUGUCCCCCGGGAGUUCCAUGCGGGUAUCCCUGUCCCCUGCCAGCCCCGUGAUGGGGAUCUCUGUCCCCUGCCAGCCCCAUGAUGGAAAGUGGUAUCCCUGUGAUGUUUAUCCCUGUCCCCUGCCAGCCCCGUGAUGGGGAUCUCUGUCCCCUGAGAAUUCCAUGAUGGGUAAUCCUUUCCCCUGACAGUUCCAUGAUGAGUAUCCGUGUCCCAUGCCAGUUCCAUGAGGGUA